UUAGUUUUGCGAUAAUCAAAACAAGAUAUACGAUGCAUUUUUUAAAAUAAAAAUUGUAAGUUUUUUCAAUUCCGAACUAAGGUUGUUAAAACCAAGAACCAGCAGUUUUUAUCGGAAAUUGUUUACGAAAACCAUCCCAUUGAUCCUUUCGCGGCGUGUUUAUGCGCUAGUCCUAUGAUGUAUAUCGUUCUGUAUUGUAAAUCAUGGCCGAUUCUAUCGAGUUGCGUGCUAGUGUAACGUCCAUAAAAAGAGUUGAUCCGUAUGUUAAAGACAUUUUGGCGACCGCGACGCAAGUAGCGUUGUAUAAAUUUAACACUUCUUCGAACGAAUGGGAAAAAACCGAUAAAGAAGGCGCCUUGUUCAUCUACAGUAGGAAUGGCGAACCCUUCCAUAGUAUUAUGAUAGUAAACAGACUGAACAAGGACAAUUUCAUCGAGCCCAUCGUAAAAAACUUCGAUUAUCAGAUGCAAGCGCCUUUUUUGCUCUACAGGAACUCGAAAAGUAAAAUAUUCGGCAUUUGGUUUUUUAACAGUGAAGAGUGUGUUAGGAUAACCUUACUCGUGGAAACGUUAAUGGAAAGGUUUAAAGACAAAAGUGGGGACACAAAACCCAAGCACAUUAAUCAAAAUACCAACGGGUUGCUCGCCGGAACCGACAGUUCGGUGGACAUCUUUGCGAUGCUCUCGAAAGCCCAGGAGGACUUCAACAAGACCCCGGUCAAGCAUGACGCGACGGCGGCGGCGUCGUCGUCGUCGACGUUCUCCUCGACGCCCCGCGUCCCCGACAUGACGCCGCAGAGCGUCAUGGACUUUUUCGCGAAAGCGAGCACAAAAACGAGCCAGAAACCGAUCUCGACCGGUAACACGAGCGAAAACGUGCUCCACAGACUGAUGUCUAACCCCGCCCACAGCGUCGAGCACAUCGAGAAGCAGCAACGGUCGGUGACGCCACAGGAACAGGUCGGCCAUGCGUCCGACAGACGGAGCGCGCCUAUCAAUUUGCCGAGCAAAAGCGCCGACAUCUUCGAUAGGUUUGUGGAAAACGGGUUUGGGGCGCAGACCGUGUCCCCUCCGCGACGCUACGUCGGCUCGGCGCCGUCGCCAUUGGCGUUCGUGAUGCCCAACAGCGACGCGGGCGAGCGUCUCGCGCCGUCCCCGUUCGCCCAGUUUCUCGAGAACUCGCAAAAACCGCUGCUGAUGACCCCGAUGAUGUUCACCGCCCCUGCCAACGUCAAAUCGUCUGCGGAUUUGUCGGGCGACGCCCCGGAACACGUCGAAAUGCUUACCGAAAAACAAUUGGCGCAGGCCCUGAUCCACCUGCUUAAAACCAACAAGGAUUUUAUCAAGCAAGUACAUCAGGCCUACGUCAACUCGAUACUAGACAAAGUGAACUCGGGUAACGUAGACCGUUAGACGGGGAGUCGGAGAGUCAUUCGUUAAAUAUCAGGUCGGCGUCAAGUCUCAAACAAUCGAACGAGCCCGCCCCCCAGAUUGAACGAAAUCUCGACCGAUCCGGCAACCGCGCGUGCGCUCUAAAAAGUAUCGGCAAAUUUGUAAAUUUCGUUAGAUCCGGCACCGCCGCGUGGGACGUUUGUUUGGGUUAUGGUGCAGCGGCAAGGACAACAUUGUGACUCCGAUUACAUACACUACGUACAUAAUAUACAUUGCGUUCGAUCCGGCACCUCAGCUCGACAAUUUGUUAACGGAAAUUCGAAACAUAAGAGUUUUCUCAUGUCUGACGAAAUUCUGACUGACCCGGCAACGUCGCAUUGAAUGUUUGCAGGUUCUGCCACACAUUCCGUUCGUUUUUAUCCCAGUUUUGGCUGAUCGGACAAGAUCGUGUUGCGUCGUUAAGGUGUAAUUUGUUAAUUGCGUCCAUCCUGGCGAGUCAAAACCCGAAAACCGACGGCAGCGUUGCCAGACGGAUUUUCCAGAUUUGAGGAAAUUCCGACCGGCCCGGCAACGCCGCGUCAAGUAUCUAGAAAUUACGUUUUGAACCAAAUUUAGAUCCGGCAUCGCUGCGCGGCAACUAAAUUCGGAAUAUGACGAGAACGUUAAUACAUUUGCAACAUUAAGUUUCAAUUUAUAAUCAACAUAAUAUAAAAGGGUUUACAAAUAUAUUUUUUCGGAACUUAAAGUCAAAAUGGCCAAACUUAACAAACAAUUUUAUGAACUUAAAAAACAAUUUCUAAUUUGGUAUAUAAAUCAAAAUAAUAAUAGAUUCACCGUUAGUUUGUGUAUUCUCUCGUCUCCUGGAAUUUCUUUAAUUUUAGCAGCUGACCAUGGAUUUUUAGGAUUUGACUCAGACAAUUUUAAAAGUAUUUUGGUUAAAAGUCUUUACCCUGCGGAAAGGAGCUAUUUCAAGAGUAUUUAUUUUUUAUUUCCACGAGUCCCUUCUCACAACUUGAUAUAUUCCAGGUGGUUAGGUUCUUUUGCUUUGGACAUCCACACGAUGAAUUGCUCAGUGUGUUUGAUUGUAAAUGGCUUUUUUCCUGACGCAUAUAAUUAUUUUGACUAAAUCACGUUAGUUUCACACACAGUCUUCACUUUUACGAUUAAACCACAAUCUCUAUGAAACGAUCGAAAUGUAUGAUCUGUGGAAAUUUUUGCAAUAUUUAAUUGAAAUACCCUUUUGCAACUAAAGCGGCGGAGGCUGCCAAGAUUCCUUGGUUUUUUUUUUCGACCCUCGCAGUUGUUUGACCAAAGUAUUAACGACUUCUUAAUUCGUUGAUUAGAAAGUCAAAAACAGAGGAACCUAUUGCGUUCCCAUUACCGGUUUUGUUCCUUCUCUGCCUUUGAAUUUCUAUUGGUAUGUUAUCUUCUAUACUCGCUGAUGAACCACUAUCGAUGUUAUCACUCAUUAUUUUCAAAUUAUCACUCAUUUUGUGGUUUAAAAUGUAAAAGACACGGCACUGACGAAAAAGCAUUUGUUGACAUUAAUGUUAAAGAUAUGCCUGUUUGUCAGAGAUGUUAAAUAACUCCUAAAGAUGGCCGCACAAUACCAUAAACUUUUACGCGCAAGUUCCUAAUGGUAUAUAGAGCCCAAAACUGUAACAAAAACCGUAUAGCAUAGCACUCGUGGAUAUUUCACUCUUCAUUUGAUGUACAGUUUUUUUUUUAUAAAUUCCGAAGCUUGCUCGGAAUUUAGGUCAACCCGGCAACGUCGCGCGCUUUUGGAGUCGCGAUUUCGCUCAAUCUGGCACCACGCGAAAACCAACUUGGGGAUUUACCGGGCGUAUUUGAUAUCGGUCACUUCUAGCUUAAGAUAUUAAUUUAUUUCUUGGUUUUAACAAAUUGACGUGUUCGCGCGUCCACUGAUUGGCGCGUAGAAUUGCAAUUAUUUUCUCGAAAGGGGGACGGUGACCCGCCCUUUCCUUCAUAUAUAAAUUAUACUCGUAAAUUUGGAUCUUUCCGGUUUUUCUAAUUUUAACCGAACCUCAAUUCCUGACGUUGUUACGUUUUAUUAUUCUUCCUGUUCAUCGAUCGAC